AUGUUGCCAUGGCAGUGUGAACUGAUGCAUAUAGUUUGCAGCGCUUCCGUCCGUGUUCCGAGUUCCGUUUUAGGUCCAUUUAAAACGGACCGGAACGGUCCUUUUCCUGUUCCGGAACGGAUUUUUCGUUACCGGAGCGGUCGGUGUUCCGGUCCCGAACAGGUUUGUAAUCUGCUUCAGGUCCGUUUACCUGGUCCGGAACAGAUUUGUGGUGCGCGGACUAAAAUUUCCAUUGGUUAUCCUGGUUCGGAAUGGAUUUUCGUUUAG